UCGGGUGGGGCAGCCAUUCCCACCACUUCCUCAUAGAACCUCGCAUCGUUCUUUUCGUCUCCUCUCUGAAGUAGGGUUUUUGAUCUACAUACGCACAUAUCGUGUCUGUGUUAAAUUUAUAGCUGUACCCACCGCCAUGACUCUCUGUCGCUUCCUCUUACGUUCCCUCCGCCGAUACUCCACCACGAAUCCUUUCCAAACACCCAUUUCCGCCACCACCUCCUCGGCUACCGCCGAGGUCCUUAACCCUAACUUUGAUUCCCAACACACAACUACCAAUGGCUUCCAAUCUCCCAACACUGGCUUUACCACUGCCACCGGACCUCUCAGUCAUAACCUUCCUCCUCCUCCUACUCCUACUCCAUAUCGCCCCUACAGCUUCUCCUCCGCCGAGGAAGCGGCGGCUGAACGUCGCCGACGAAAGCGCCGCCUCCGCAUCGAGCCCCCUCUCUACGCCCUCCGCCCCAAUCCCGCUUCCCACUCAUCUCACAUCAACAACCCUGACAAGCCUCGCCUCCCAGACUCCACCUCUGCUCUUGUCGGGCCCCGUCUUAAUCUCCACAACCGCGUCCAAUCGCUCAUCCGCGCUGGAGACCUCGACUCAGCUUCCUACGUCGCCCGUCAGUCCGUCUUCCAAUCGAUCCGCCCUACAGUCUUUACUUGCAAUGCCAUCAUCGCUGCCAUGUACCGCGCCAAGCGAUACCAGGAUGCCAAAGCCCUCUUUCAGUACUUCUUCAACCAGUUCAAUAUCAUCCCCAAUAUUGUCUCCUACAAUAAUCUGAUUGUCUCCCACUGUGAAUCCAACGAAGUAGAGGACGCCUUGAAGGUUUACAAUCACAUUCUCGAGAACGCUCCCUAUAGCCCUUCGGCAGUCACUUAUCGCCAUCUCACAAAGGGUCUCAUUGAUGCUGGAAGAAUUGAUGACGCAGCGAAUUUGCUCAAAGAAAUGUUACAUAAGGGUCACGGUGCAGAUUCUUUGGUUUUUAAUAAUCUGAUUCUAGGGUUUUUGAAUUUGGGAAAUUUGGAAAAGGCAAAUGAGUUAUUUGAUGAGUUGAAGGGACGGUGCACGGUUUAUGAUGGGGUCGUGAAUGCGACUUUCAUGGAUUGGUUUUUCAAUCAGGGUAAACCAAAGGAGGCAAUGGAAUCCUACAGGGAUUUGAUGGGUAGGAAUUAUAGGAUGGUACCUGCAACUCAGAAUGUGCUUCUGGAGACAUUGUUGAGACACGGUGAAAAGCAAGAAGCUUGGAAAUUGUUCCACGACAUGUUGGAUGAUCACACCCCGCCCACGUUCCAGGCCGUGAAUUCAGACACUAUCAAUAUGAUGGUUAACGAGUGCUUUAAGGAAGGGAAGAUCGCAGAGGCUAUUGACGUGUUCAAGAGGACUGGGAAGGCUGAAAAAUCGAAGCCUUUUAUGAUGGAUGUGGCUGGAUUUAAUAAUAUGAUUACGAGGUUAUGCGAACUUGGGAUGAUGGAGGAAGCAGAGCAGUAUUAUCAGGCUCUGUGCAACAAGUCAUUGGCUCCAGAUGUGAAUACUUACAGGACUCUGAUUGAUGCAUAUAUUAAUGUGGACAAUAUUGAGAAUAUGUUGGAGAAGUAUUCAACAAUGGUUGAGGCUGGUUUGAGGGUUAUUCCAGCUUAUGCAAAUAAGUGGUUCGGGUUCAUGAUUGAGAAGGGUAAGGUUCUUGACUGUGUCUCAAUUUUGUCGAAAAUGUGUGAUAGAGAACCGAGACCUGAUGUUACAACCUACGAUAUAAUAAUCAGGGGGCUCAUUGAGUGUGACAAUUGUGACGCCGCUGCCAAUUUGCUAAGUCAGAUGAUGAACUACAGUGUUGGUACCACUGUUACGCUUAAGGAAUUUGUGUUGGAUGUUUUUACGAAACAAGGGCGACAGGCAGAGAUUGAGAACAUUUUGUAUAGAUCUCGAAGCCCUUUUCCAGCCCACAGACCUUAUACAGGACCAAGAGGUCCCCCAGGGAUAGAAAGGGCACCUCAAAUGCCACAACAGGGAGGAAGACACACUGCAAUGCCGUGGCAGACAGAAUUUUACCCACAUACAGAUAACACAUCUCAAAUGACAAGACAGUCAGCACAUAUACAUCCAAGGUCAGAACAGGAGGCAGAGUUUGGUCGUGUGGCUGGACAAAGUGCGUCUUAGAUUAUGGGUAAAUGAUGAAUGGUUAGCUUUGAAGGAGUUAGUCAUAUCUGGACUACAUGAGGCUUAAAUUAUAGGUACACCAAUAAAUGGUUAGUGUUUUUUGAAUUGUUUCACCUUUUCUUUCUCGGAAUGCAAUUGGAUCAUUAGAAGUUAUAUGUUGUUGUACACUUCGAACAUCAAUUUUUUUACUCUAAAUCGAGGUGAAAAUUUACAUUUUGAGUAUAACAAUGAGAGAAUUUGGAGAGAAGAAAAUGUGAUAUUGGAGUUUUAUCAACAAUUUGUUUGUGUAAGUGUUCGUUGUACAAUGAAAAAAAGAAAAGACUUUUUCUUCUUCCAAGUGGAAAAAUGUACGACUUGCUUCAUUGUGUAUGGUGUUAUUGGAUUGUUUA